AAGCACCGGUUCAACAGGAUGGCGUUCAAGCAAAUUAUAGGCACCCUCCGGUGCUCGUUGCCCACAGCAGCACGGCUGCUCAGCGAGGCAACAGCUACUUCAGCUUCUAAGCCCUAUCCUGCACAAAUCUGUAGAGCGUUGGCCACAUCUUCGACGUUCAAGCAGGCGGUGGCAGAUGAUCUUGGGUCGGACUCGUCCAGAGUGGGAAAGCAGGGUUGGGGCCAGACAAAGAUUGGCCAGGUCCUGCAGUCCAAGCAUGAUGCAGGUGCAUGGCUGUGGUGUUCAAAGGAUGAUCUGGUCAUCGACGCGGUGAAGAAGAUGACAAAAGGCAACGUGGGAUCCCUGCUGGUCUUCGAUCCCGAGAAGAUCACGAUUGAUCAGCCCAUCAAGGAAGCCUCAGGCGAUGCAGUUGUUGGCAUUGUCACCGAGAGAGACUAUCUGACCAAGGUGGUCGUGAAAGAUCAGAGCUCGAAGGACCUGGCAGUCAGCCAGAUCAUGACGGAUAAGAGCAAGCUCAUGACAGCAACACCUCAGCAGAGUGUCGUGGACGUAAUGAAGCUGAUGACUGAGAACAACUUCCGUCACGUUCCUGUGGUGCACGAGGGCAAGUACCUGGGGAUGGUGAGCAUACGUGAUGUGGUGCAUGUGGUGGUGGAAGAGCACAAGGAGGAAGUGGGCCGCCUGCACGAGUACAUCCAGGGAUCCUACUGAGCAGACAUGCUGCAACGCGGGGUUGCCCCAAGGGAGAGUGGCAGUAUGCGUCCCAGAUCAAUCCUUUUAUCGGUGUGCCUUGCAUGAGCUGCAAGUCCCCUUGCUGGGGCUGGUGCCACUGUGCCAUACUGCCAGGGAAGCAAACAGGCCAGGUUCAGAUGAUGAACAGACUGUCACAAGAAUCUUUGACUUGUGCGUCGUCAGAUGAAAGCAGACUCGGGGCGUAGAGUUGUGAAUGUAGCGCACAAUAGGGCCUAUUGAAUAGGCCCUCCAAUGCAGGAUGACUUGAUGUGGAAAGCUGCAGCAGAGAGCAGCGGAUGUGUCAUGGGAUGUGAUCAUGUGGGAUGCAGCGCUGACAAGCUUUGAUCAGUAUUGUCACCUGGCAGACACCUGUGAGGCCAGAUGUACCAACAGAAUGCAUCGAGCGAUGUUCUAUUGACCCGCACAAUGCGUGUCUGUACCUGUCUGAUUCCAGCGUCCAUUGCCUGAUCUAGUAGACCUGCAGGAUUCUGAACGGGCCAGUGGUGUUUGCCACCUAGAGAUGUUAGAUGUAUACAAUGCCAGGAGCAGUCCUAUGCUGUCACACGGGCUUGCGAAACCAUUAUGCGGCUUGCCUUCUAGAUCUAUUCUGCCUGUAACAAGUAUGGCAUGUGC